UUGUUCUUUUGAGUUGCUAUCUACUUUCAGAAGAUUCAAAUUAGCUUUGCUACCUUCUUCAUGUACCUCUUCAAACAUUGCGAGAUAAAGGAGAUAAAUUUUUGUGGUUAUUUCAAUCAUUUCGUAUUAGUUUUGGAUAGCCUCACCAACUCAUCCUCUCAUGUUCAUGCAACUCUCUUGCGUUAGAAAACUAGUCUGUGUUGUGUUUUGUAUCUGAGCCAAAACGAGACCCGAUAGAGCGCUCUUAUCUUAAUUGGCGAAGAGUGUUGAAUGACACGAUGAUUACCGAACAGCAGUUGUCACAGGAUUCGGCAGACGAUAAGUUUAGAUUGUCGGAUUCCUCGGAAAAUGACACCGAAGAUUCACGAAGUAAAGAUGACAAUAUCGACUCGUCGCUGGACUCGGAAGAAAUCGGAGAAAUAAAUAAUUCCCGGAAGAGGAUGUUUAAUCGGUCAGGUGACAUGGGUUGCCAAAGUUUAAAAAAGAUGCGUCGCAAACAGCCGCAGACGUAUGAAGACAUACAGACUCAGAGGGUCAUGGCUAAUGUGCGUGAACGACAACGGACCGAGUCACUGAACGACGCCUUUGCUCAGUUGAGGAAAAUCAUCCCGACUCUACCUUCCGAUAAACUCAGUAAAAUACAAACUUUAAAACUAGCCUCUCGUUACAUAGAUUUUCUUUAUCAAGUUCUACGUAGUGAAGACGCCGAUUCCAAAAUGGUCAACUCAUGUAGUUACAUGGCCCAUGAACGAUUAAGUUAUGCUUUCAGUGUGUGGCGGAUGGAAGGAGCUUGGGCUAUGAACGGACAUUGACACAACAAGUGAGACGUUUUUAAUUUCCAACUUAAAAGUUUGUUGCCAAAUGUGGACAUAAGGCUGUUGUCCAUCGAAGAUAUUUAUCUUCAGUGUUCAUUACAAAAUUCUUAAUCUUCAAUCCAAAGAUUACUUAUUUUAUU